AUGAACCCCCCAUUACCAUCAUUGACCUCCGUCUGGCACAAUGCGCCGUACGCAGCCAUAUCUCCGGAACGGCCCGAGCUGAGCGCCUUGGGCAAAACAGUAAUUAUUACUGGCGCGGGAAGUGGUAUUGGCCAGGCAACAGCGUUGGCCUUUGCUCGUGCGGGUGCUGCUAAGAUCGUAUUGAUUGGGCGCAACGAGGAGAAACUUCAAAACACGCAAAAGCAACUUGAUUGCAUUAGCUCUGUUCAUCCAGCUAGUGUCACAGAUGAAGCAGCCAUUACUGAGAUCGCGACUGCCACAGGCCCGUGGGAUAUUAUGAUUCUGGCUGCGGGGCAUAUCUCUCCCAAAGCUCACUUGAGGGAAGCAUCGGUGGACGAGUGGUGGCAGAACUUUGAGACAAAUGUCAAGGGAACUAUGAUUGCUGCGAAUGCCUUCCUCCCCACCGCCAACCAAACCCAUUCGGCCAUUGUUGCACUCAGUGCCGGUGUCUUCUUCCCAACUGAACUGCUGGCUGGUCUCUCGGGAUAUAUUAGCUCCAAGUUCACUUUGAUCAAAGUCAUUGAGUUUUUGGCUGCUGAGAAUCCCAAUGUAUUUGCCGCUGCAUUGCAUCCGGGUAUGAUAGAGACUGAUAACUUCCGGGCUUCUGGAGCAGACCCUAGCAAGCUUCCUAUGGAUUCAGUUAAUCUUCCGGCUGAAUUCUCGGUGUGGCUCACAAGUCCGGAAGCUGCAUUUCUGAAUGGACGUUUUGCGAUGGCGAAUUGGGACGUGGAUGAACUCAAGGCCAAAGCUGACCAGAUCCUGUCUAGACAGCUACUGACCGCGAGCGUGAAUGGCUGGCCCUUUUCCCCCAACUAG